AUGACGUUCUACGAAGUGCCCCCCAAACCGGUCACCGGAACGGAGCCGCCGAUGCCGAGCAAGCCCCCCGAAGUCGACGCCCUGAACCAAGACUUCAGCCGCUUCGAUCAGGUGCACAAACCGCAGACCUACCAUCUGGCCGGGGAUCAGGGCGAGGAGCUCUACGACGAGGAGUUCGAGAUCCGCACUUGCGACAGGUCGCUGCUCGGCCGCGGCCGUGAGGGACGCGAGCAAUUCGGCCACGACCUCGGCCAGACGAUGGAGGAGAUCGGCUUCGCCAUCCUCACCGGCCACGGUGUCGAUCCAGCGUUGUGGGGCGCAGCCUACGCGGCGACCGAGCAAACCCUCACCGAGGUGCCGCUGGCCGACCGCCUGCGCUAUCGGGCGGAGCGCUUCGGCUCGGUAAGCCAGGGCUAUUUUCCGAUCGGGCAGACCAGCGAUAUCCAUCCGGAUCAGGUCGAGGGUUGGGUGUUCUGCCGCCGCGCUUUCGACCUCGGCGAAGACCCGAGCUACGACCCGGCAGCUUUCCGGCCUCGGCCCGAGCACGAGCCGAUCUUUCGCCGCGUCGCCGAGGCCCAUCAACGACUGAUCUUGCCCCUCACCCGGAGCAUGCUGCGCUACCUCGGCUGCGAGCCGGGACUCUUCGACGAGCGGCUCACCGACACCAACUUCGGCCUGCGGCUGAACUACUACCAGCCGCUUGGCGACGAGCCGGCGACCGGCGGGGCGGGCCGGCUACUAGGCCACGAGGAUGUCGAUCUGUUCACGAUUCUGCCGGCGCCGGAGGUCGAAGGGCUGCAGGUGCUCAACCGGCGCAAUAAUCGCUGGAUCCGGCUGCAGGCGCCACCGGGCUCGAUCAUCCUCAACACCGGCGACUACUUGCAGCGGCUGACCAAGGAUCGGUUGCCCUCCACCACUCACCGGGUCGGCAAGCCUCGCGAUCCGGCACAUUGCAACCGGCCGCGGAUGUCGAUCCCGAUGGCGGUCUACUUAUGGGAAGACGAGCUGCUCGAGGUACUACCCGGCCUGGGCGAGCCCAAGUACGAGCCGGUCAAGGCGAUCACCUUUCACACCCGCGCGACCGCCAAGUUCUACGGCGAGGACUACGCGGUGGAGUGA